AGCCAGAAGUGCGUGCGUGCGGGAGGGAAGCACAACGACUUGGAGGACGUGGGCCGAGAUACCUACCAUCACACUUUCUUCGAGAUGCUGGGGAACUGGUCCUUCGGGGAUUACUUUAAGGAGGAGGCAUGUAGCAUGGCCUGGGAGCUCUUGACAGAGGUCUACGAGAUCCCCAGAGAUCGUCUCUAUGUCACGUAUUUUGGGGGAGACUCCUCCUUGGGGCUGAGCGCAGAUGAGGAGUGCAGGGACAUAUGGCUCCGCCUGGGGGUGCCUGACAGUCGUGUGCUUCCCUUUCCAUUGAAGGACAACUUCUGGGAGAUGGGGGACACGGGUCCUUGUGGUCCCUGCACAGAGAUCCACUAUGACCAUGUGGGUGGUGGCAGAAAUGCUGCAGCACUGGUGAACCAGGGCAGCCCCGACGUAGUGGAGAUCUGGAACCUGGUCUUCAUGCAGUAUAGCAGAGAGAUGGAGGGGAACCUGCUUCCCUUGCCACAGCACCAUGUGGAUACAGGAAUGGGCCUGGAAAGGCUGGUGACAAUUCUGCAGAACAAACGCUCCAACUACGACACAGAUCUCUUCACUCCCAUCUUGGAUGCCAUUCACAAGGGCUGCGGGGGGCCUGGGUACCAAGGUCUGGUGGGGGAUGCUGAUGUUGGGCGUGUGAAUAUGGCCUACCGUGUGGUGGCAGAUCACGUGCGCACCUUGUGCGUGUGCAUCACCGAUGGCAUCUACCCGGGCUUCUCUGGAGCAGAACUGGUGCUGCGUCGGAUCCUGCGCAGGGCUGUCCGCUUUUGCUCUGAGGUCCUUCAUGCUCCACCUGGGCUCCUGGCCUCUCUGGUGCCUACUGUAGUGGAAGUGCUGGGAGAUGCCUAUCCAGAGCUGACGAAGAAUGCCGACCAGAUCAUGGAUGUCAUCAAUGAGAACGAGGCAGCUUUUCUGUCCUCCCUCGAGCGUGGGAGGCGCAUCAUUGAGCGGACAGUGCAGCAGAUGGAGCCCUCCACAAAUUUCCCGCCUGAAGUAGCCUGGUCUCUCUAUGGGAAUUUGGGAUUCCCCCUGGAUCUGAUUGACUUGAUGCUUGAAGAAAAGGGAAUCAGUUUGGAUUCAGCUGCUUUUAACGAACUUGCUCUGGAAGAUGCGAAGCGGAAGGCUGGUGGCCCACAGGCAGGACAGCUGGAGGACACGAACACGCGCCUGGAUGUGCACUCGCUGGCUCAGCUGCAGAGCGGCAACGUGCCAGCUACCGAUGACUCCCCAAAGUACGCCUACGCGCUUGGGCAGCACGGGCAGUACG